CUGGAGGAGACAGAUUUUGGGCGGAGUUGCACCUCUCGCUUCGCCUCUUCCUCUGUCUGUCAAAACGCGAGUCAGUAAGGAGCAAGCCACUGAGUGUUAGCAGCUAUAUAUAUAUAUUAUUAUUAUUUUAUCUCUGGCGUUGGCUUAUUGACAAGCAGAACAAUUUGUACGAUAAGUAUUUAACCACUUCUUUCAGAUUUCUUGUCGAUGAAGUUUUCAAGUAUACGGAAUUUUGCUACCCCAGCUAGCAAACGCGUUAUCUCGUUAGCAUUUUUGUGUGCGCUCGCUAACAUAGCAAGUUAGCUAGCUAAUCAAUUACUAUUUAUUGGAUGUCAUGGCUUCAACGAAUGACAGAGGAAUUCUCUUAUGGUUACCUCCACGGGUUAAAGAAACGGUUUGAUCGGUGGGUGGGACUUGACAUUUUAGACGUGCCUUGUAACGUCGCCCUAAAAGUGUUUGUUAUUGUCACUGCUAGCUACAGUAACUGUAGCUGCUGACUAGCUAACGUUAGCGCAUAGCUAGCUAAAACGGAAAACAACAGUUUCCCUCAACUAGCUACCAAGAAAGCGCCACAAUGCAUGACGCUUACGAACCGGUCCCUAUCCUGGAGAAACUGCCUCUCCAGAUUGAUUGUCUUGCGGCCUGGGAGGAAUGGCUUCUGGUGGGGACUAAACCAGGCCAUCUCCUGCUCUACAGGAUAAAAAAGGAUGCAGGUACCAACAGGUUUGAGGUGACUCUGGAGAAGUCCAACAAGAACUUCUCCAAGAAGAUCCAGCAGCUGUUUGUUGUGUCACAGUACAAGAUCCUCAUCAGUCUGUUAGAGAACAACAUCCAUGUCCAUGAUCUGUUGACCUUCCAGCAGAUUACUGUGGUCUCCAAGGCCAGAGGGGCAACGCUCUUCGCCUGUGACCUGCAGCAGUCCCCCUCAGGAGAGGCCCAGCUGAGGAUGUGUGUUGCUGUGAAGAAGAAGCUUCAGCUGUACUACUGGAAGGACAGGGAGUUCUAUGAGCUACAGGGAGACUUUGCUGCUCCAGACAUCCCGAAGUCCAUGGCCUGGUGUCAGAACUCCAUCUGUGUUGGCUUCAAGAGGGACUACUACCUCAUCCGGAUGGAUGGUCGUGGUUCCAUCAAGGAGCUCUUCCCCACGGGGAAGCAGCUGGAGCCACUGGUGGUUCCCCUGGCUGAUGGGAAGGUGGCGGUGGGUCAGGAUGACCUCACAGUGGUGCUCAACGAGGAGGGCGUCUGCACUCAGAAGUGUGCCCUCAACUGGACCGACAUCCCCAUCGCUAUGGAACAUCAGUCCCCCUACAUCAUAGCUGUCCUGCCGCGCUAUGUGGAGAUCAGGACCUUUGAACCCAGGCUGCUGGUUCAGAGUGUGGAGCUGCAGAGACCACGAUUCAUCACAUCAGCUGGGCCCAAUAUAGUUUACGUGGCCAGCAACCAUUUUGUGUGGCGCCUGGUGCCUGUGUCCAUCGCCAGCCAGAUCAGACAACUCCUACAGGACAAGCAGUUUGAACUGGCCCUGCAACUGGCGAAGAUGAAGGAUGAUGUGGAAGGCGAUAAGAGACAGCAGGUUCACCACAUCCAGAAUCUCUACGCCUUCAAUCUGUUCUGUCAGAAGAGGUUUGAUGACUCCAUGCAGGUGUUUGCUAAGCUCGGCACAGAUCCCACCCAUGUGAUAGGUCUGUAUCCGGACCUGCUCCCCACCGACUACCGUAAGCAGCUGCACUACCCCAACCCCCUGCCGACUCUGUCAGGAGCAGAGCUGGAGAAGGCCUACCUCGCGCUCAUAGACUAUCUGACACAGAAACGCAGCCACCUGGUGAAGCAGCUGAACGACUCGGAGCCCUCCACCCCCUCUCCCCUCAUGGAAGGAACGCCCACCAUCAAGAGCAGAAAGAAGCUUCUGCAGAUCAUCGACACCACGCUGCUCAAAUGCUACCUGCAUACCAACGUGGCCCUGGUUUCCCCUCUGUUGCGGCUGGACAAUAACCACUGUCACAUUGAGGAGAGCGAGUACAUCCUGAAGAAGGCCCACAAGUACAGCGAGCUCAUCAUCCUGUAUGAGAAGAAGGGCCUGCACCAGAAAGCCCUGCAGGUGUUGUUGGAUCAGUCGACCAAAGCUAACUCUCCCCUAAAGGGGCAUGAGAGGACGGUGCAGUACCUCCAGAGACUGGGGAUGGAGAAUCUCGGCAUUAUCUUUGAGUUCUCUCCCUGGGUGCUGAAGAUCUGUCCUGAGGACGGACUGAAGAUUUUUACUGAAGACCUGACGGAGGUAGAGACCCUGCCCAGAGACAAGAUUCUGAACUUCCUGAAGGAGGGUUUUAAGGAGCUGGCUGUGCCCUACCUGGAGCACAUCAUACAUGUCUGGGAGGAGACAGGACCAGAGUUCCAUAAUGUCCUCAUACAGCUGUACCUAGAGAGGGUACAGGGGCUCAUGAAGCAGUACCUCAACUCCCUGCCCGAGGGGGUUCCCGCAGUGGCUGCUGGGAAGGAGGAGGGGGACUUGGGAGAGUUCAGGAACAAGCUGCUGUGUUUCCUAGAGGUCUCUACCAGCUACGAGCCCGGACGACUUAUCAGUGACUUCCCCUUUGAUGGUCUUCUGGAGGAGCGGGCCCUUCUGCUGGGUCGGAUGGGGAAACAUGAACAGGCCCUCUUCAUCUACGUCCACGUCCUGAAGGACACACACAUGGCAGAGGAGUACUGUCACGGGCAUUAUGACGAAGAGACAGACAGAAACAAAGAUGUGUACCUGUCUCUACUGCGCAUGUACCUGUCCCCUCCUGACGUCCAAUGCCUUGGGCCAAUCAAAAUGGAGCUGUUGGAGCCACAGACCAAUCUAAAAGCAGCUCUACAGGUCCUGGAGCUGCACCACAGCAAGCUGAAUACAACCAAGGCCAUCGACCUGCUGCCAGCCAACACUCAGAUCAGAGAAAUUCGUGUGUUCUUGGAGAGUGUUCUGGAGGAGAAGGCUCAGAGGAAACGCUUUGACCAGGUCCUCAAGAGCCUGCUGCAGGCUGAGUUCCUACGGGUCCAGGAGGAGCGUAUCUUCCACCAACAGGUGAAGUGUAUCAUCACAGAGGAAAAGACCUGCAGGGUCUGUAAGAAGAAGAUAGGAAACAGCGCCUUCGCCAGGUAUCCCAACGGCGUUGUAGUUCAUUACUUCUGCUGUAAGGACCGAGGGGUGUGUCCUACGGAGCAGUGACACAGCUGUCGCAACCGCCUGGACGCAAAGCACUCCUGGGAUACUAACAGACUAGACCGCUGUGUACUAAAAUGACAGAAUGGUACAGAACAGUGCCCUCCUGUGGACUACAUGUUCCAGCAGCACCCUGGACGAGGGGAAGGCAGGGAAGCUGGGUUUGUCUGAAACUACACCACAGACUGGGGUAUUCAGGAGGAGAGGACUCUAACUGCUUCUCUCUGGGACCGCUACCUGCUAC